AUGUUAAAUGUUAUUGAGCUAGAAAGUGAAGAGAAAGUGCAUCUUAAUCUGGUCAUUAUUAUUACAGUGAUAGCAGUGACAAUAGCUGUGUUCAUAACAGCUUCAUUAUCAAUCUGCAUCAUUCGAUGUAAUGGUCAGUCAAAUGUGGCCUAUGCACAACCACUUGAUCCUCCCAAUAGAUAUGUCAGUGAACAGAGACAAUUGAUUACUCCUAACCUGGGAAACUCUUGGCCUCGACCUGCUCAUCCAUUGCCAGCAAACCUAACUCCAGCAACAAAUACUACUUUGACAGGUUCAACAAAGAGACUACUAACAGCUGCACAGAAGCCAGGCAUAUCUACAGAGAUUCCAUCACAAACAUAUACACAGAACAUGUCAAUUCCACCUGAUUAUUUUGCUUGGAGAUCAGCUGUGCCUUCUCCACCAGACAAUGAAAUUAACUGGAGAGAAGAAGAUACACAAAAUAAGGAAGAAACUGACCUACUUGCAUCCAAGUCUUCAAUUUAUCCAGGCCAUUUGAGCAAAAAUGACAUUUCUAAUCCAUAUCCACAAUCCAGAAAUCUUAUAGAAAUGAACCAAAAAACUGUUAACCCCCGACCAUUACCCCCUACUCACUCUCUUUGCACUUUCUUUCCUUGUUCUUUCUCUACUCAGUACAAGAAGAUUAGCUUCUUUUUGGUAUUACUGCUCACUUCAAUUUCUUCAUUGCUAUCUAUCUAUAUCUCUGAGAUGAGAUAUAUUGGUGAACAGAGACACCUGAUUGCUCCAUCUCACCACGGGAACUCUUGGCCUCAGCCUGCUCAUUCAGUGCCAAAUGACCAGACUUUGCCUAUGAAUACUCCUCUUGCAGGAUCAAGGAGACAACUUACUGUUGGUCAGAAGCCUGAUUGUUCUUAUGUACCAUCCCAGAUGUAUGCACAAAAUGUGUCAAUUCCUCCUGAUUAUUUUGGAGAUUGGAGAUCUACUAUACCUCCUCAAGCCAGAAAUGGACAUGACUUAAGAGAAGAGGACAAUGAAUCUUGUUUAAAAGAUUUUAUCUCUUCCAAAUCCUCUACAAAUUCAAACCAUUUUAACAAAAGUGACAUUUCUGGUCCAUAUCCACAGUCCAGAAAUCUGAAAACACAACUUGUAGACAGCAGUGGAUCAGAUAAUAAAGCAAUUAAAAUAAAAUCCAACCAAAGACUUAUGGAUUUAUCUACCUGCCAUGAACAGAGACACUUGAUUGGUCCCUCUUACCAGAGAGGCUCUUGGCCUCGCCCUGCUCAUCCUUUGGCAACAACCCAUACUCUGGUCAGGAAUACUCCAUUGACAGGAUCAAGAAGACAAGCUGCUACUUGUCAGAAAUCAGGAGGACCUAAUGAGAUGUACACACAAAAUGUUUCAAUACCACCCGACUAUUUUGGAGACUGGAGAUCUAACAUGCCUUGUCAGCCUGAAGAUGGAAACAGUUGGAACAGAAAUGAAUCGGUGAAUGGUUCAGAAGGCAAAAACCUACUCCCUUCCAAAUCUUUGUCUCAAUCUGCACACCUCAGCAAAAAUGAUAUUUCUGCUCCAUAUCCACAAUCCAGAAAUCUUAUUGAAAUGAACAAUGAACAGUCUUCUAACUCAAGGCCAUUACCUCCAGUGCCAGAUAACCAGUGA